AUGACAACCUGUUUGAUCGUUCUGUCUAUUGAGGCUGAUAAACCACGCUUCCCGAAGGUGGUUGUCUAUCCCGCUCGCGGCGGCGGCGGAGGCAGCGGCGGAGUUCGCGGCGGCGGAGGCAGCGGCGGCAGCGGCGACGGAGUUCACGGCGACGGCGGAGUUCGUGGCGGCAGCGGCGGCGGAGUUCACGGCGACGGCGGAGUUCACGGCGGCGGCGGAGUUCACGGCGACGGCGGAGUUCGCGACGGCGGCAGCGGCGGCGGAGUUCGCGGCGGCGGCGGCGGCGGAAUUAAAUUAGUCAUAGAUCAGGUGAAGCCAGGUGACGCCACGGAACCAGGUGACGCCACGAAGCCAGGUGACGCCACGGAACCAGGUGACGCCACGGAACCAGGUGACGCCACGGAGCCAGGUGACGCCACGGAGCCAGGUGACGCCACGGAACCAAAUGACGCCACGAAGCCAGGUGACGCCACGGAACCAGGUGACGCCACGGAACCAGGUGACGCCACGGAGCCAGGUGACGCCACGGAGCCAGGUGACGCCACGGAACCAGGUGACGCCACGGAACCAAAUGACGCCACGGAGCCAGGUGACGCCACGGAACCAGGUGACGCCACGGAACCAAAUGACGCCACGGAACCAGGUGACGCCACGGAACCAAAUGACGCCACGGAACCAGGUGACGCCACGGAGCCAGGUGACGCCACGGAACCAAAUGACGCCACGGAGCCAGGUGAUGCCACGGAACCAGGUGACGCCACGGAGCCAGGUGACGCCACGGACCCAGGUGACGCCACGGAGCCAGGUGACGUCAGGCACCUCCCCAAGCACUGCAUGCUAGACAACACCAAGCAACUUGCCUUGGUGAUUACCUAG